GCAUCGAGCAUGCCAGUCCGUCAGUAGUACUACGGUACGCCGCCCUCAAAGUCACUGUGUAAAUAAGUCAUGAAUCCAUCUCCUCCUCCUAAGGCCUUCGCCACAGUGUUUAAAGAGCUUACUGCAACCCAACCCGUCAUUCCUGGCGGCAUUUCGGAUACCAAGUCUUAUCAUUCUAUCGCCGUGUCGGACGAAUCUGCUGCCGCCGUGGUAUUCGAGGUCAUUGUUGUGUGUUCGACAUCUACCCAGAUUAUAUACUCUCCUCAGAACAUGAACGGCGAAUCAGGCACCUCUUAUCACUUCCGGAUCUUUUGCGUCUUCGAUGACGACGAGUCUGUGGAGUUGCAAGCAUUUCGUAUAAGCGUCACGUCAGGAAUCACCAACAUGAUGGUUUUGGAGAGACACUACAGGGUUACGGACAAGUCGGUUCUGUCCGAACAUGCCAUGCAAUGCCGAAAGGAUCAGACGUUCACUGUGCAACAGAUAAUUGAUCAUCUCAUCGUAGUGAAGAAACGUCACCAGUAUCGUUUCGACCGUGCGACUGGAAGCGGGUGUCGCUACUGGUGCAAUGUGGUUGUAAAGGACCUGGAGGACCUAGGACUUCUUCCAGAAGGCUCUGCAGCCGCAACAGAGCAAUGGGGGAAUGAAGUGGCGGAAAUGGAUCGUGCCAGUAUGAACGUCCCUGCAACGCAAGGAACGUUCUACGAUUAGGUUUAGAGCUGCUUCCAAGGAUAUGUCAUGUCGAUGUUUAUUGCACUCCUUAGAAAGUCGCAACGAAGAGCGGUUUUCACCUAACCAACAGUCGGCAUGAAUGAAGAACAGGAUUUUUUAUGUGCAUCUUAUAUGAUGGGUAUGGUAUUGGUACUUACGACGGAAACUUCUGUACAAAGAAUUUUGUCCGUAGGAAACACCAUAGUCAUGUUUUGUCGGAGAAUAGUCGAGCUUCGGCCCUCCAGCAACAUGCUUCAGAGGGCUUCAGAAACUUUCGUAUCAGUCUUGU